CUAGCCUGUCUCACCUCGCGGCCGGCAGCCUUGCGCGACGCGCCGCGCUCUUUCACAUUCAAAAUUAUUCGCAACCAUUGCAAAAACUCUCUGUGCAAUAAAAUAUAUUAUCAUUCGCUGCGGCCGCAAUAAGUCUUUGCACGGAGAGGAUUUUUAAACUUAUAUACAAAUUUAAGUGCCUUUGAAAGUUUGAAUGCACUCCUCGUUGCAUCGAGUCCCGCGCGCGUCGUUAUGAGAACCCCGUACUGGCGGUCACGUUGACGUCGCGCGGUGCCGCCAUAUCUGUCUCGGCCACCAAGUAGCAAAAUUAAUAGGGUCUAAAUUUCUUUCACAUCACUAGAAGAAUGAAAUAGCCCGCGCAUUCGCUUUUUGAAAUUUUACCUUCACCCGGAUGGAAUGAGGAGUGCACAGACCUAUUGUUUCACAGUUUCAUAUGUUUGAACAUCAUUUGUUUUUUUGUUUUUCGGACGAUUAGAGAGUUGUCAUUUUCUUCCAAAAUUACAAAAAUUACAAAAUAAGAAUGGCGGAGGGUAAUGGAGAGAUAUCGGUUGAAGAGGUCCCCGGGAAGGACUCCGACGUUGGCCGUACACCAGACUACCGCAAACUCAUAGAAUAUGGCUUGGACCCAAAGGUGGCCGGCAAGCUAGACGACAUUUAUAAGACUGGAAAGCUAGCGCACAUCGAGUUGGACGAGCGUGCGCUGGACGCCUUAAAAGAAUUUCCAUCCGACGGUGCUUUAAGUGUUCUUGGACAAUUUUUAGAUUCAAAUCUUGAACAUGUAUCGAAUAAGAGUGCUUAUUUAUGUGGGGUUAUGAAGACUUAUAGACAGAAAAGCAGGGCGGGCGUGCAGGGCGCGCCUGCGCUGACGGCCGCUGUCCCGGUCAAGGGCCCCGACGAGGAGAAGAUCAAACAGAUCCUCGCCAGGACUGGCUACUCUUUAGAUGUGACCACAGGUCAACGUAAGUACGGCGGGCCGCCGCCCGGCUGGGAGGGGGGCACGCCCGGCGCCGGCUGCGAGGUGUUCUGCGGCAAGAUCCCCAAGGACAUGUACGAGGACGAGCUGAUCCCCUUGUUUGAGAGGUGCGGCACCAUCUGGGACCUGCGCCUCAUGAUGGACCCCAUGACGGGCACCAACCGCGGCUACGCCUUCGUCACCUUCACCACGAGGGAGGCCACGCAGCGCGCAGUGCAAGAGGUUGGCAUACUGUACUCUGCAUAUAUCGUACUGUACUCUACACUACACUUGAUGUCGCAGUUGUUUUGUCAUUCCCUUGCGCUAAGUUACUUGUUACUGCUUACUUGUUGGUUAAGUUACACACUGAAUUUCAACAAGUUGGGUAAUGAUAACUUCGCGCAAGAGAAGUCUGGGUGUUGUGAAUGUCUGGAGAGUGGUAAACAUUGUUCAUGUGCCAUUAGCUCCUCUUGCUCAUUGUGGCUAAUUUCAUUUUAUAUCGAAAAUCACAAAUGUAAGAAUCUGUUCUAUUGUCUGAUAAGUGCACAUUUGGCAAAGUCCGAUAUUCCGAAAGAUUACCACCCUCUUGGAUACAUUAUUGAUUUUGUUGCGAAAAUUUAUUACUCCAUUAAGAUUGAUGUCAUCUACUUUCAUUAUAAAACUACGAUUUUAUGUGUCUAAAAGUCAAAGUCAGUAAUUUCUUUGAGAUUUUCAACUUUUCAAUUUUUUGUUUAGAAUUGAAUAUGAAUAUUGAGUAGAUGUUAUAAAUCUUGCUAAAAACGAUGUCCUAAGCACAUCUAUGAGUACGCAAUGUUCACGACAUUCGCAAACAUAAUUGGUUCCACCAAAUUGUAUAUCUAAACUAUGAAAUGACUUUAUUUCACUGUAUAAUUGGUGCAUUAUAAAUCUGAAAACGAAAUUCUAAUUCAACGUCUACUUUCCAGGUGACUCGCCGAAUGUUUAAGUAUAAAUCCCUUGAACGAUAAAUGAUUCACUGCACAAUAUAGUUGGCCAAUGGUUUGGCCACUUCAUUUGUAUAUUUGCCCAACGAUUGGAUGAAAUCAUCACCCAAUAAAUGAAGAUAUUAAAAAUAAUAAUAUAGUGUAAUGAUUUGAUCCAAUGAAGUAGCCAAACACGGGCGUCGCUUGCAAAGCGACCGCGGUACGAGACGACCGCCGGUGGUUUUGCAAGUCCCACAACUUGCCUGUCGAAUCUCGUAUUCACAGUCACACUUGGGAGAGUUAGUCUUAAGCUUAUUUCAUUUAUAAAGCAUGACAUUAAUAUCCCACCGACGGCGGCCAUUUGCAUCGUCCAUCCGCCAUCUUUAUUCAUGUUUAUCAUUAGUACUUUGAAUCGCUGUUAGUUAGCGCCGUGUGCGGACAGUUGUGCAUGCCUUAGUGCCUUAGUGACUAGUUAGCGCAGCGCGCUCGCCCACUCGAUGCACUCGGCCGCCGUUUUUAUAUAAUCACUCAAAUUGUCUAAAUGUGCAAACAUAACACCUUACAACUGAUCUAGCCUCGCUUGUCCUGAGAUAUCAUCCCGUUCUCUACUAUUGCACCUCGUUCAAUUUUGAGUUGCUUUAAUUUUUUUUUGUUACCAUCACACUUGUACUCGCUUUUUUUUAUUUUCACUUCAUCAAACGGUCCACUUACAGGGUUAACUUUCAAUUGGCUUCAAAACGUUCUCCGGCUGAGAAUUUAAUAUAUCUCAGGCUCUCCUCUUUGCUCCGUACAACACUUUUGGCUUAUCAUCCAAAGUACAGUUAACUCAUCACAAUUGGCUCUAACCGUUCAUCAGUCACGAGGUCGCGCGGAUCAUCCCGAGUGGCGCUCUGCCGCUCUGCCGCUCUGCCG